AUGACCGUCUUGACGGUCCUAACUCUCUGUUUGUGCACUCGUACGCUCGCUGGCGACCAUUUCGAACGACAGGCGAAUGCACCGGAUACAGCGGCCAUAAAGGCUGAUCCUUUUCAGCAAGAAGGUCUUUGCCGUCGCUGGGCCCAUCAGAGUAGGGAAUCUUUGUGAUAUGUGGCUUGAAACCCAACUUCUAACGUUUAUAGGUACCAUUAAGAAUGGAACCUUAUAUAUGUUUGGCGGAAACAUGUUGCUCAAGAAAAAUAAUACGGCCCAAGGCAUCCAAGAAGUCCCUAGUACGCUUCUCCACUUUUUAGGUUGUUGAAUAUUGUCUGAUCAGGUUAAUAAAUUUAGAUACCGAAUUCCUUCAAUUGGACCUCACAAAGGGCUUUCGGUUAAGCGAGAAUACGGUCCCUUGGCAAAAGCCAAAGAUUAACGGUGAUACGGUUCCACCAGCAUUCUCGUCUGGAGCAAUGUAUAACGGAAGGGACGACUUUGUCUUUCUAUACGAAGGGCAGACACCAAAAAACAUGCCGGAACAAUCAUCGUCGAUCUGGGGUUACAGUCUCACCAACCAGACUUGGCGGAUAACGGACACAUGGGACCAUGACGAUGAUAGGUUCCCAAGUAGACAAUCACGGGGCGCGCCGGUUAUAACUCCGGAGGGUGAUAUAGGGUUUUACAUCGGUGGGCUCAGGGCUUAUGAAAAUGAUACCUUCCAGGGCUGGUUCUACGGACCCGAGGAACAGCUUACAGUCCUAGACUUGGUGGCAGGGAAGAAGAAUAAGGUAGGAAGAUACGAUGCUCCAAGAGCUUCGUCAAUUUAUGCUUACCCCGCGGUUAGACGGAAAGACUACCGCUAAAGCAAAAGAGGAUCGGGCCGAACGUGGUUUACCUCCCGAUAGGAAAGAAGGGCAGCCUAGUGUUGGUUGGCGGCACUGGAGAGUACAAAGUGCGGGUAAGUACGGAAUCUGGAGCUUUGUGCGAAUUUGGCUGACUCUCAUAAAGCUGUCGGCACCCCCCCCAGACUCAGGCCGCAAAAAGGGGGGGGGGAUUAACCCCGGCGACGUACGGGUGAACCCUAUGUCACAAAUGGACACUAUAUGGAUUUACGAUAUUGACGGCGGGAAAUGGUUUUACCAAACCGCAGUGGGGGAGAUGAUGCCGUGGGAGAGGAAAAACUUUUGCAUGGUUGCAGCGACCGAUGAUUCCGGCCCUAACAAGACUCACCAUAUUUUCAUAUAUGGUGGGGGCACUGACUUCAAGUCCCCAAUGCUCAGUAUGAAUGAUACGGCAUUCGACGAUAUGUACAUUCUCAGUCUGCCUGCGUUCCGCUACUACCAAGUUAAGCUUGGAGAUGUAAAGCCAGAAGUACGACAACGGAUGACAUGCCAUGUGGUUAACAACAAACAAAUACUUGUUCUUGGUGGGCACAGGGUCAAUUCGAGCGAGCCACCCACGGACUGUCAAUGGGAUGAAUUAAAUCUCUUUGACAUGAACACGCUACAAUGGGAAACCGAGUACGAUCCCAAUCCUCCAGGAGAUUCCAAAUUCGCCGCAAAUGCGGAGGUCCUUGCGGCUCUCGGUGCCCAGAAUCAGGAACCAGCUUUGGGCUGGGAUGAUGAGAAUUUGAAGUACCUCUUUACCGGCAUAUACCCCGACGAGCAAGGACUAGAGGUAGAGAGGCAGCGGGCGAAUGCGAGGUGGAGGAGAUGGCACAUUGGCGUCGGAGUAGCCGGCGGGGUACUUGGUAUCGCUCUGAUAAUCGUGUUGUUUUUCCUCAGGCGACGCAGGCAGGAGAACAAGGCGUUGAAGUAUGAGCUCGAGCAACUACAAUUAUACUUCCAAUACCAGACUACCGGAGAAAUAUACUCCUCUGCGAGGCUCAGCAACCUGAGCGCGGAUGGCGAUGCCUUCGUCUCGGAGAAAGUUCGGCCAAUGACUUUCAAGGAAAAGGUUAAAUUCGUCUUCGGAAUAAAGGCUAGCAAUAGUCAAGAGGAAAUACCUACGAUUUUCGAUGGACCUUGUAAGUUCUCCGUACUCUACAAACUCUCCCGGUGUCACCACUAA